AUGAGUAACUUGGUCUCCUCCCCUGGCCGGCUCCGUCUGGACGCUGCCAACAUGUUCCAGUCGCUGCAGGGAGGUCCGUCGUCAUCGCACGGACUUGCUCUGCACUCUGGGCUCCCUCACUCGAUGCUGGACGGUCACACUGGCUCCGAACCGGCAGCCCCUUCAACCAUCAAUGGUGUCGGCAUCCCGGGGCGUCGACGCGAAGUGAACGUACCGAAAGUCGUUGAUGUCACUGGUGAACGGAUGUGUACUACGUUCGAGCUGUUUAUCGAGGAGUAUGUGCUGACAGACCCCGAUGAUCAAGCCAAUGGGUUUGACGGUAAAGUGUACCUUGCUCAGAUCGAACUGAUGCGCCAAUACGAAUACUAUACGCUUUACGUUGAUUUCAAGCACUUAUUGGUGGUGGAAGACGGUGUUUUCGCUCAAGCAGUGAGGGAACAGUACUAUCGGUUCUACCCGUUUUUACUAAGAGGGUUGCGUAAUGCGAUUAAGCGCCAUGCCCCCAGCCUUCUCAAUACCAAUAUUCUCAAAAUGAACAAUUUGGCCGAGGAAACGCUUCUGACAGACGAUACUGCGUCGCUGAACCACGCCAACACCGUCGAACGUACCCUCCAGAUUGCGUUCUUCGACAUGCCUCAAAUUGAUGCUAUUCGUGACGUGCGUGCUAGCGAAAUCGGUAAGCUCAAAGCCGUUCUGGGAACUGUCACCCGGACACUGGAGGUGCGUCCCGAGUUGUACAAGGGUACUUUCUCUUGUGACCUUUGUAAGGCAGAAAUCUCCAAUGUCGAGCAAGCGUUCAAGUAUACUGAACCUACCAUGUGUCCCCUGUGUGAUAACCAGCUGCACUUCACGUUAAUUGUCGACAAAUCGCAGUUUAUCGACUGGCAAAAGGUUCGCAUCCAAGAGAACGCUAAUGAAAUUCCCACUGGCUCCAUGCCGCGACUGUUGGACGUCAUUCUUCACGGCGAACAAGUGGAGCGGGCUAAGCCCGGUGACAAGUGUCGAUUCACUGGUACUGAGAUCGUCAUCCCUGACGUGGCCCAAUUAGGGCUUCCGGGGCUUAAGCCGAAAGCGGUGCGGGAGAGUGUUGCGCAAACCGAAGGUGUUACCGGACUUAGGACUUUGGGUGUACGUGAUUUGACUUACCGUAUUGCCUUUUACGCCUGUCACGUGGCCCUGCUUGUUAAAAAAGCUAGUGAUCUUGGCCACGAAAUGCAAGUACAAAUCCAACCUAACGUCGAAGGCGCCACUCCCGAUCAACUUGAGUUCUUGAACUCGUUGUCUCUGGCGGAAAUCAACCGGUUGAAGGAGAUGGUGCUGGACGACCACGUCUAUUCUAAGUUGGUGAGAUCGGUGGCUCCCGCUGUAUUCGGUCAUGAAGUGAUCAAAAAGGGUAUCCUUCUCCAAAUGCUUGGUGGUGUCCACAAGACCACAGUCGACGGGAUCAAUUUGAGAGGUGAUAUCAACGUGUGCAUUGUCGGUGACCCGUCGACGUCUAAGCUGCAGUUCCUUAAAUAUGUGUGCAAUUUCGCGCCGCGGGCGGUAUACACGUCGGGUAAGGCACUGUCGGCAGCCGGGUUGACGGCAGCGGUGGUGAAGGACGAGGAUCUGGGCGAGUUCACCAUUGAGGCCGGGGCACUCAUGUUGGCGGAUAACGGUAUUUGUGCCAUUGACGAAUUCGACAAGAUGGAUAUCAGCGACCAAGUCGCCAUCCACGAAGCUAUGGAACAACAGACGAUCUCCAUUGCUAAGGCCGGGAUCCACGCUACUUUGAACGCUCGAGCCCUGAUCUUGGCUGCCGCGAACCCCAUUGGAGGGCGGUAUAACAAGAAGCACUCGUUGCGGGCUAACUUGAACAUGACGGCUCCAAUUAUGUCGAGAUUUGACUUGUUUUUUGUGCUUGUUGAUGAGUGCAAUGAACGAGUGGAUACCCAGUUGGCUCUGCACAUCGUCGACUUACACAUGAAGCGUGACGAUGCCAUUGACCCCCCGUACUCGGCUGAGGACUUGCAACAGUAUAUCCGCUAUGCGCGUACGUUUAAGCCGAAGAUGACUCCGGAAGCCAGUGACUUCUUGGUGGAAAAGUACAAGGAGUUGCGUGAAAGCGACGCCCAAGGGUUUGGUCGGUCGCUGUACCGGAUCACCGUGCGUCAGCUUGAGUCGAUGAUCCGGUUGCUGGAAGCGAUUGCUCGCGCUAACUGUGCCGAGUUCAUUAACCGGGCGUUUGUCGAUGAGGCUUACAACUUAUUGAGACAAUCUAUUAUUCGCGUGGAAAUGGACGAUGUUGACAUGGAAGACGACGUUGACGAAGAACAAGAACAAGACGUUGAAAUGGAUGAAACGGCUUCGGCCACUCCUCAACCGGUGGCCUCCACCGCGGUGCUGGAACGCAAGAAGCUUGCCAUCCCUUACGAUAAGUACUUGGCAAUGAUGAAGCUUUUGGUCAAACACGUGUCUGACGAUGAUACCCGCGGCGGCGAAGGCGUCACCGGCAACGACUUGGUCGAGUGGUACUUGACCCAAGUUGAAGACAGUCUUAAUCUGGAGGCUGAGUACUACGACGAACGGAAAUUGGCGUUCAAGGUGCUUAAGCGUUUGGUGAAGGACAAGAUUUUGAUGUCGAUUUCCAGCUCCGACGCUCCGGGGGCGCUGGCGGGUCAAAAGGUUUACAUUUUGCACCCCAACUGCUCCAUCUUGGACUUUUUCGACAAACCCGCUGCCGAUGACGACCAGUAA